AAGCAAAACUGGUAUUUGAUUAUGAAGAUCUGGUAUAUGCUUUUGCACCACCAUUCAGUAUAGCUAACACACCCUUCAGAGGCAGUAAAGACUUCUAGUUUAACGUGGUAUGCAAUUUGUGUUAUAGUGAUUCUUUUAUCCUGGUUAACUAUGUCCACGUUUCUUUUUUUCUGGUUUUGUGAUCCUGUGUGGGUUUUCUUUUGCUGAAUGCCUUUAUCUUUGACUGUUCUAAAAAUUUUAAAGUCCAUGGUUUAUGCAGGAAUUGUUCCAGACUAAUAGCUACUUCCUUCAUAUUAAACACCUUAGUUAGUUUGCGUUAUUAAUGAAUUGGGUACUGCUUUGUUCGUUUUUCCAACAGCGGAAACAGUUUUGGGGACUGAAUCAAGCUUGACAUGUGCUGUACCUUUAGUUUUUUGGAAACUUUAUUUUACCUAUUAACUGUCAUGGAUUUUUUUUACAACAAAUGUCAUAUUGGAAAUUCCAUUGAAGGAAAGUAUAACAUUGUGAUAAUGUUUACUCACAAUGUAAUUAUUCAUUGACAAUUUCUAAAAUCUGUAAUAAAUUAGAAAAUAAAACCCUAGCAACUUUUUUGUUCCUCAUUAAGAAAAGUAGAUUCAGAAAGCUUAUAUUAUAAAUGUAUCAUGGUACUGCUUACCAAAAGUUAGGAGUUUUAUUCUUGUAGGAGUUAGGCUAUUAAGUAAUGUUUAUAUAAUCCUGAUAAACAUUUCUCCAUGACUGAAUUUUGAGUGGAAAACUUUCUUUCCUAAAAGGCUCUGAGUGAAAGAAAAAAAAAAAAAGCCUGUCCUCUGACUGUGUAUCGUGUGUGUGUGUGUGUGUGUAUGUGUGUGUUUAGAUCCAUCUUAAUACCAACUAAUGCCAACAUCUGGCAGAGAGAUGGAGAGAUCUGGGAAUUUGUUGCUUGAAACCCUGGGACAAAGUGUUCUGCUCUGACCAGCAAACAUAGUUGUGGACUUGAACUGGAAUCUUCAGGGGCAGAAACGUCUUAAGUGUCUGGAAAAUUGGCCUGUUGAGUCACCAUGCAGGCACUAAAACAAAACUAAUUUUAAGCAGGUCAAAGUUCAGUGAUUCCCUCUGGAAUUCAAACUUUUAAAAAGAGUCUCAUGUUUAAGUGAAAAGGGUCAAAGUUGAUGCACUGUUACAAUGUUUUGAAUGCUUUCCCUUAAGAACAGCCACCCAGGCUGGGAUUAGCAUGAGGAACUUCAAGGCUGGCACAUCAGCGUCUGGGUUAAAAAUAUUUUAAAGCAGUAAAUGCAGUCAGUGCAGAGAGAUCCCUGGGAGCCUUUCUAUUCAAAAAUGUGUGAGCUCAGGGCAGCAACUGCAAUGUAAUUUAGGGCAGUGUAUGCUUCAUAGCUUUGGAGAAUAUUGCUUCCCGCUAAUGUUCCAUCGGAGGAUGGUAGGAUAGUAGUCAUUUUAGAAGGUGGUAUUCCUGUUUGUCUUACAUCAAAAACUUCAGAAUAAAUAAAAGGACACAUCAACUGAACAAGAAAUGUAACUAUGGAAAAGUACCAAUGAAUCUAAAUUUGAACUGAACAGAUACAAAAUCAGCAUGGGUGUAGGAAUAGUUUUAAGGCGGAAGCUACGGCAAAAGCGACUUCCCAGGGAAUGAACUGCACAGGAGAGUUGGACAUACUGAUAUUGACUAUCAAUGAAAAAGUGUGGAGAUUAUUUCUUAGGAGAUAGUAACAUUCUGCACUGAUCAAGGACUACUUACAUCUUCACUCUGGCUUCUUAAUCAUCCACGGUGUAAAGACACACUUCAAGAGGAUCCUUAGAAGUCUUGGACAAGCUUCCCCACACGUGGCAGGUGCUGUGCUGGCCACCUGUGACCCAAAGAUGAUGAUAAGGAUGUUCCUGCCAACAAGGAGCUAGCGGUCCACAGGGAUUCCUCUUGCUAAUGACACGAGUCCUGUCUGAAUCUACUUACAAGAUUCUGAAGCCUGAACAGAAAAUUUUGGCACUGCACUGGCAUUGCAAGAAGUAGAUAAUAUCAAGGACAUCAGGAGUGGGAGAGAUUGGAGACUCAGCAGGUACUGAGCCUUUGUGUUGUUGGCAGAGCAGAGACAGAAAAGGAUGUCUUCCAAGCGACCAGCCUCUCCGUAUGGGGAAGCAGAUGGAGAGGUAGCCAUGGUGACAAGCAGACAGAAAGUGGAAGAAGAGGAGAGUGACGGGCUCCCAGCCUUUCACCUUCCCUUGCAUGUGAGUUUUCCCAACAAGCCUCACUCUGAGGAAUUUCAGCCAGUUUCUCUGCUGACGCAAGAGACUUGUGGCCAUAGGACUCCCACUUCUCAGCACAAUACGAUGGAAGUUGAUGGCAAUAAAGUUAUGUCUUCAUUUGCCCCACACAACUCAUCUACCUCACCUCAGAAGGCAGAAGAAGGUGGGCGGCAGAGUGGCGAGUCCUUGUCUAGUGCAACCCUGGGAACUCCUGAAAGGCGCAAAGGCAGCUUAGCUGAUGUUGUUGACACCUUGAAACAGAGGAAAAUGGAAGAGCUCAUCAAAAAUGAGCCAGAAGAAACCCCCAGUAUUGAAAAGCUACUCUCAAAAGACUGGAAAGACAAGCUUCUUGCAAUGGGAUCAGGGAACUUUGGUGAAAUAAAAGGGACUCCCGAAAGCCUAGCUGAGAAGGAGAGGCAGCUCAUGGGUAUGAUCAAUCAGCUAACCAGUCUGCGAGAGCAGCUGCUGGCUGCCCAUGAUGAGCAGAAGAAACUGGCUGCGUCUCAGAUUGAGAAACAGCGCCAGCAAAUGGAGCUGGCCAAGCAGCAACAAGAACAGAUCGCGAGACAGCAGCAGCAGCUUCUGCAGCAACAACACAAAAUCAAUUUGCUUCAGCAGCAGAUCCAGCAGGUUCAAGGUCAACUGCCGCCAUUAAUGAUUCCCGUAUUCCCUCCUGAUCAACGGACACUGGCUGCAGCUGCCCAGCAAGGAUUCCUCCUUCCUCCAGGCUUCAGCUAUAAGGCUGGAUGUAGUGACCCUUACCCCGUACAGCUGAUCCCAACUACCAUGGCAGCUGCUGCCGCGGCAACACCAGGCUUAGGCCCACUCCAACUGCAGCAGUUAUAUGCUGCCCAGCUAGCUGCAAUGCAGGUAUCUCCAGGAGGAAAGCUCCCAGGCGUAUCCCAAGGCAACCUCGGUGCUGCUGUAUCUCCUACCAGCAUUCACACAGACAAGAGCACAAACAGCCCACCACCCAAAAGCAAGGAUGAAGUGGCACAGCCACUGAACCUAUCAGCUAAACCCAAGACCUCUGAUGGCAAAUCACCCACAUCACCCACCUCUCCCCAUAUGCCAGCUCUGAGAAUAAACAGUGGGGCGGGCCCCCUCAAAGCCUCUGUCCCAGCAUCAUUAGCUAGUCCUUCCGCCAGAGUUAGCACAAUGGGUUAUUUAAAUGACCAUGAUGCUGUCACCAAGGCAAUCCAAGAAGCUCGGCAGAUGAAGGAGCAGCUCCGGCGGGAACAGCAGGUGCUUGACGGGAAGGUGGCUGUUGUGAAUAGUCUAGGUCUCAAUAACUGCCGGACAGAAAAGGAAAAAACAACACUGGAGAGUCUGACUCAGCAACUGGCAGUUAAACAGAAUGAAGAAGGAAAAUUUAGCCAUGCCAUGAUGGAUUUCAAUAUGAGUGGAGAUUCUGAUGGAAGUGCUGGAGUCUCAGAAUCAAGAAUUUAUAGAGAAUCCAGGGGGCGUGGUAGCAAUGAACCCCACAUAAAGCGUCCAAUGAAUGCCUUCAUGGUGUGGGCUAAAGAUGAACGAAGGAAAAUCCUUCAAGCUUUUCCUGACAUGCACAACUCCAACAUCAGCAAGAUACUGGGAUCUCGCUGGAAAGCUAUGACAAACCUAGAAAAACAGCCAUACUACGAGGAGCAAGCCCGUCUCAGCAAGCAGCACCUGGAGAAGUACCCUGACUACAAGUACAAGCCCCGGCCAAAGCGCACCUGCCUGGUGGACGGCAAGAAGCUGCGCAUUGGGGAGUACAAGGCAAUCAUGCGAAACCGGAGGCAGGAAAUGCGGCAGUACUUCAAUGUUGGGCAACAAGCACAGAUCCCCAUCGCCACGGCUGGCGUCGUGUACCCUGGGGCCAUCGCCAUGGCUGGGAUGCCCUCCCCUCACCUGCCCUCAGAGCACUCCAGCGUGUCCAGCAGCCCGGAGCCCGGCAUGCCUGUUAUCCAGAGCACUUAUGGCGUGAAAGGAGAGGAGCCGCACAUCAAAGAAGAGAUCCAGGCUGAGGACAUCAACGGAGAAAUUUAUGACGAGUACGACGAGGAAGAGGAUGAUCCGGAUGUAGAUUAUGGGAGUGACAGUGAAAACCAUAUUGCCGGACAAGCCAACUGAUAAGGGUCAAAAGAUUGUCGUGACCUUAGGACUUAAAGAAGCCCUAGCUGGUUCAUCCUUACCAGUGGCCAAGCACAUUAACUUUCUCAUACACUGACUGUUACUUUAACUGUUAGUCUUAAAUAGUUGGGACAUCAGCUGACUAAUAGACCUCAGCCUCAAAAGGCUUGGAAAGGAAAUAAAAAUACAACAAGCAGACAACAAUAUCAACAACAAGAGAUUGAAAUAAGCUAUGGGUAAAAUAAUGCCAGUAAUUCAGCUGCUACAUCCAAGCACUGAAGUCUUACCCGUCAACUUUUUUUUUUAAUAAACUUUAUGGCUGUUUGUUCUACAAUGUUCUAGAAAUUCUCACUCAGGUACACAGUGCCAACAAGUGGCUUGUGAAUGUGUUUUGUUGUUUUGUGCUACAAUUUUUAAAAGAAAUAAGUUUUGUUUUGUUUUUCGGGGUUUCUGGGUUUUUUCCUUUUCUUUCCUUUGGUUUUUUUUGUUUUUGUUUUUGUUUUUUUUGGUAAUGCACCUGACAGAAAAAAAAAAAAAGAAAGAUGACUUUCUCUUUCAUUCUCUCCACCUUCUCCAUCUCUAUACUUUAAAGAUGGAAGUCUGUGCAUGGGGGGGAAGAGGGAAAAAGAGCCUGUUUUUAACUUCCUUGGUAUCCACCACAAAAUAAGCAAUCAUUUUCUUUAGAGGACUUUCCUUAUCUGUUGCACACCACACUACAUCUUUGAGCAAGUGCCAAAUUUGUACUGAAGUGUUGACCUAGUUGAUUUUUUUCCCUUUCCUUUUUCCUGUUCCUUCUUAAAUUAGGACAGUGUUAUAUCUUAGACAAUCCCUUGAAAAACCUGAAAUACCAGCAGCUGGUGAGAUUUGACUUUUUUUUUUUAAUGGAAACUGUAGGUGCUGUUCUCAGGUGAAAAGAGAGAGAGAGACAUAAGAAAUUUAGAGAAAAAAAUAUUUUCUAAUCUUGGAUUUUUGUGUGUAUGUAUGUGUGUGAUUAUGGUACUAAUAGGAAUAAUGUUGGAUCAUUGUGAGUUAAACCCACAUCUGGGGAUGAAAUCCCACAUCCUUCUAAAUGACUGGUCUGGAAGCAUCCUUGACCUUGACUUUGCACUUCGAAUGACAACUUAACCAAUAUAGGGCUCAGAAAUUAUAUUUUUAAAUUUCUAAUAUGAUUAUUAUUGAAUGGAUCAGGUGGCCCUGUAUAAUAGAGGGGUGCGUGUGUAACGUGGAAGCCGAAUUCUCCCAGAUGUUCCACUAACAUUUGCUACUUAACGAUUUCUGUUUGUUUUUCCUGUCGGUAACUUCGAGCAAAACAGUCGUUUCCCUUGAAUAUAUUUGCCCAUUUUCUAGAAAUAUAGGAUUAGCUUAUUUCUUCCACAUUCCAUCCUUUCCUGAUCAAGAAAUGGAACUGAUGAUUUUAUAAGGUAUUCUUAAUCCCUCCAUGAAAUGAGGUGGAGGCCAUUUGCAUUUCAGAAUUGUGGGCCAGGUACAUUUCAUGCCAUAAAAAGCAGGAUUUUAGAAGUCAUUGCAACGCUUGCCACUGCUCUACCCUUGCUGUAAGAUGUAUCCACUGAAGUCCAGUUUCUGAUUCUAGCAGAGUGUGUGCACAGAGGAACAGCUGAUGCUGAAAGGACUGCUUCGUUAGCCUUUGCUAGCCAAGUGCCAAGGCAGUUGUAGGGCUUCUUCAAAUAAAUGGGAAAUCAUCUAAAGUGAAUCAGCGCUGCUCAUGCUAAAGCGUUAGACAGUAAAUACUCCAACCAGUAGAUUGGAUGUGCUAUGAUUUUCACUCCAGUCAUCAUUUUCCUAUCCCACCCUCCCCAAACCUGACCCUUAAGUUUGAUUUUUACGUAUAAAUAAGAAAAAAAUCCCUUUUUAUUUUUCUCUCUCUCGAAAGACUUGCUCUGGGGUUUUGCUUGGAGGAGCUAAUCAUACCCUGCAUGUCAGAGACUUCGUUUUGUUUGUUUUUCUGUUUGUUUUUGAUGACUGUAUUUUCAUUUGAACUGCCUCUUUUUGCUAGUGUUGUAAUGAUGAUGAUGAUGAUAAAAUAAUAAUAAUAAUAAUAGUAAUAAUAAUAAUAAUGGUCAGCUGUUCCCAGAUUAGUAAGUUAUGUAUAAUUUAUUUCUCCCUUUCUAUUUUAUUCUCCUCUGAUUUGGAAGUGCAGCCAAUAAGUUGUUAGAUAUUUAAAACAAAUUUCCAUCUCCAACGUGUAUGUAUAUAUAUAUACAUAUAUAUACAUACACAUGUGUGUGUAUAUGUGUGUAUGUAUAGAUACAUAAACACACACACACACACAUACACACAUAUUCACUCACACUGUUUCGUUUCUCCUUCCAUAAGUUUUCUCCUUUUUAAAAAUUUGGCCCCAACAAACGUCAAGUUCUGGUGUUUUAAUACAUACAAGUGAAUUACUAAGAGGGUCGUGUUCAACCUUAAUUAACUUACGCUCUCAUCACUCAUUUUAUUUAAUUGCCACAGUCAUCUAGAGCCAAUUUUUUUUUUUUGUUUUUGUUUGUUUUGUUUUUAAGCACUCUGGAUAAAAAAAAUAGACACUUGUUUUUAUAUCAUUAUUAUGUACAAUGUGAAAACAGAUUUUUAAAAAUUUGUUGUCUUUGUUAACAAAUUCUUUCUGACUCAUGUGCGUUCACCUCUCACUUUUGCUGGAUACUUAUUUCCCAUCAUGUUAAAAAGAUGCUUUGUUUUCAUUUCAUGACUUUGGGCUACAAGAAUACUUUGUUUUAGCUCCAGGUAGAUGCCUCUGAGGGCAUUCAUGACCGUCACCAGUUCUAACACACUUACCAGUGAAUUGACAAAACACUUCCGUUUAGUCUUUGUUUGUUUGUUUUUUAUCUUGGUUUAUUUGAAGAGGAAAAUGAAAUUGUUAAUGGUGACCUUUAACAGCUGAAAUUCAAAAGUUAAUUUUAUUGUUACAUAGUUAGGUUUAUGUCAGAGAGAUGAAAAUGUGCAUGGGUUGAAACAAAGAGCAAGUCCAUAGCUUUGAAUUCUGUUCUCUUGUUUUGAUGUCCAAUUCACUGAGGGUCACAAUUGUUUUGCCUUAACUUUCCCCAAAAGAAAACAAAAAAAUCAUGUUAAUGUUUAAAAUGCUUUGAAGUAAUUUUGAUAAAAGGUGCUAUGAAUGGCAAAGUAUUGGGUUAGCACAUUGCCUUUGGGGCAUUUGAUUGGUUUAUCAGUUUAGUAAAAGAUCCUAAAACCUGUAUUCUUUUUCUGUGUCCCAUAAUGACCAAAAAAGACAAGGGAGAGGAAGUGAGAGUAAGAUCAAACUCAAAUGAACAUAGUCUCCCAUCUCUUUCAUUCCCUACCUACCUGUUCACUUUUCACAUACCACCCCCACCCCUGUCUCUCUCUCUCUCUCUGUGUCUCACACACACA